GCAGUCCCCUCGUGCUGCCCGUGUGGAGCAGCAGCAGCAGGCAGUAGUCCCUCGUGUUGGCCGUGUCUCCAACACCUCCACACUGCACCUCCUGAUGUUUCAGAAGCGUUAGCAAAUAUCAGGUUAGACAAUUUUGACGAACGUUCGUAUACCGUGACGCAGCGUGAAAGCUGUGAAUAGUUGCCACUCGGAAAAAAGUGAUUUGCCAAGACAUGUGUACGUAUGGCGGUGAAAAAUGAGUAUUAUUGUGAAGUGAGUGUAACGAAAAUUUCCUAUAAAUCUUUCUUUCUAUAAGUAUAUGCAAACUCUGGAGACAUCUGAGCAAUUUGCUAAUAUAAAUAAAUGAAGUGUAAGCCCUUGCGAGUGAAUUAAUACACAAGAGGUUAAUUGUUUGUGUAAGUAGAGUUGUACUGACAGUGUUACAUUAAAGACACACUCGUGAAAGUAACCAUUAUGUAAUGCAAACACUUUACUAUGUUAGACCUGCUGAAAAUCAAUGUUCGGUAGAGACUGAUGGAACAAUAAGCACUAGUGACAAACAACAGGGCAAAACUUUUGCCUUAAGGUAAUCUUCAUACUCUUCCUUUACACCUACAGUCUCUCUAACGCAUAAAAGAAGCACCAACAAGCAAAGUCAUCCUGCCUUAGAAGAACAUCUUCACUCCAGGUGGAGCAGGGUAGAGUGAGGUACUUCCUGACCUCCUCCCCUGCAUCACAAUGAUGGCGUCACCUUCCAGGAUGAGGCUUGGAGCUGGCAAGCUUCCUGUGAUCCGUAGCAACAGUGACUCCCAGAGGAAGAACGUAGGCAAGCAGAACUUCAGAAACUUCUCUCUCAAAUGUCGACGUAUGGCGUGGGAUGAGGAGGCGGUGACGUCACAGCCACGGUCUUCGUCCCUGCGCUACUCCAGGGCUAACGGCUCUACACACACCUCUCUGGGUUCUAGGCCCUCCACCGGGGAGCCCACGCCCAAGAAGUCCAACUGGGAGGUCAUUGAACAUUACAACAAAUCAGGUCUAGUGGGCACCUCGAGUUCUAGAAGUCCUACGGAUGAUGAGGCACCGCAGGAGGAGGCGGAAAGCAUCCUGGAAGAUCCUGCAAGAUGGUGGGAUCUAUGUUCGUUGUGUAAGCGCGUGUGUAAGUCCCAUCAGUUCAAGAACAUCCAUGUAGAGGUACUGUAUCAGAGAUACUUCCUGCGGAUGAACCAAUCGAACAUGAUCUCUCUCCUAGGGUUAAUGAUGGUGGUUGUGUUGGUAAUGAUGUGCCUCACGUACUUCCUGGGCAUGGCUAAGUUUAUCUACCAGGUCGCCACCCUCGCCAUCUUCGCCCUCCUCUACCUGGUGCUAGAAAUUCUCCUCUGGCGAACUAAACUCAAUGAGGUUUACCUUAUCGUAUUUUCAUACCUGAUUCUCAUCUCCUUCUUCGGGUUGGAGAUGUUGGUGACACUCAGCAGCAAUCCUCCGACAGCCUCUGCGGGAGUGUGGGCAACGCUCUUCUUCAUCUACAUGACGUACACACUACUGCCACUGCGGGUGCCUGAGGCCGCUGCUGGCGGCAUCCUUCUCUCCCUCACCCAUCUCGUGUGCUCCAUCACCACCAACACUCACCACUCGCCCUUCCUCUGGAAACAGCUGGCGGCCAACUGUACGCUGUUCGUGUGUGCCAACGUGGGAGGCUUGUUUACCCACUACCCCGGGGAGGCUGCCAGGAGACAAGCCUUCAUGGAGACCCGCCAGUGUGUGGCCACCAGGAUCAAGACACAGAGGGAAAACCAACAACAGGAGCGGUUGUUGCUGUCUGUAUUGCCCAGUCACGUGGCCAUGGAAAUGAAGUCUGACAUCGCUGGCACACCCAAGGACACAAUGUUCCACAAGAUCUAUAUCCAGCGUCACGACAACGUCAGGUACGUGUUCCAUCGUUAGGCAAGGGUUUUAUCACUUGCCAUCCUAACCACACCAUCGUUAGAUAGGUGUUCCAUUACCUGCCAUCCUGACCACAUCAUUGUUAGGUAGGUGUUCCAUUACCUGCCAUCCUGACCACAUCAUUGUUAGGUAAGUGUUCCAUCACCUGCCAUCCUGACCGCACCAUUCUUUACUUGUAUUCCCCUCGCCACUUCUUUUCAU